CAAAAAUGUAGUACUGUUGUGUAUGAAAACCUAAAGCUGGUGUUUAUUGUCAACUCUUCAAAUAGUUCAUUAGAAACAUUGUCAAUAUGGGGGAAGUCAAUAAUUGGGAAGAAAAAUAUAGUAAUUGUGUUUAUUUUGCUUUUUUUAAAGAAACAUAGCAUAAAGUUCCACUUUGACUCGUGGUGCUUACCCCAAAUUGCAGGAAGCUUGAGAGGGAUCAAGAGCAGGCUUUGUUUCGUGGCUAGAUUAAGAUGUAAUGCUACUUAGGCAUUCCGGCUUCUUUGUGUUUACUGUGCCCUGGCGAAGGUUCCCAAGCCAGUUCCGUCGUCAAAUAUGGAAUUUCCUGCAGCUGGGGGGGUGCGGCAAUUUGGAUAUCUCUUUGCUGCUUUGGAGUUUUGAAUGUAGUCUCUCUCUGUAAUUCGAAGUAACAGUACCCGCCAAGAGCAAGUGACAGCUUGUGCCCGGGCAAGGUGCCACCCGAGCCGGGGAGCCUGGAGAGAGGCGGCUCUGAACUACGUCUCCCAGCAGCCCGUGCUGAAGGAAGCGGUCACGAUGAUCCCUGUGGACUUUGAGCAGAGGUUUUAGUCCCGAGGGGAGCAGGGUGCCGAGGCUGUGUCCCGCAGGUGCCCGUGCCUGGCAGCAGCUCCGUGCCGGCUGCGAUGGCGGCGCGGGUGUCCGUGCUGCCCUCCCGCAGGUGCCUGUUCGAUGAGCCGGUGCAGAUCCGUGUGGCCGGGCUGCGGCCCCUGCAGGCGGUCACGCUGCGAGCCAGCCUGCUGGACGAGAGCGGGGAGCUUUUCCAAGCCCACGCUCUCUACAGGGCUGGGAGCGGCGGGGAGCUGGACCUCGGCCGCUCCCCGGCGCUGGGGGGCAGCUAUUUGGGAGUGGAGCCCAUGGGGCUGCUCUGGGCUCUGCAGUCCAAAACGCCCCAUAAACGGCUGGCAAAGAGGAACGUCCUGACCCCUUUCUGUGUGGACUUGGAAGUGUAUGAGGGCCAUGGGGACAUGAGCCACUUGCUGGGAAAAUGCACCCAUGAACGAUGGUUUUUAGGAGAGGGAGUGAAGAGGAUUUCGGUCAGAGAAGGUCGUCUCAGAGCAACCCUCUUCCUCCCUCCUGGACCUGGCCCAUUCCCUGGACUUAUUGAUUUGUAUGGAUCUGGAGGAGGUCUUAUUGAAUACAGAGCAAGUCUCCUGGCUAGCAGAGGCUUUGUGACUCUGGCUCUUGCUUACAUGUCCUUUGAAGAUAUCCCUGCUAUGCCAGAGAUUCUUGAACUGAGUUAUUUUGAAGAGGCUGUGAACUUCUUGCGGAAGCAGCAGCAGGUGAAAGGUACUGGGAUUGGUGUUUUGGGCUUGUCUAAAGGAGGUGAUCUAGCCCUUUCCAUUGCCACAUUUCUACCUGGCAUCAAGGCAGCUGUCAGCAUAUCUGGAAGUUGUUUUAAUUCCUUCAUUCCCCUGAAGGGGGAUGGCUUCACUCUUCCUGUUCACCCAUAUGACUUGGGGAGGAUGAAGAUCAGUGAUGAGUCUGGACUAGUAGAUUUUUCAGAUGUCGUAGACGAUCACACGGACCCAGCAACCUGGAAUUGCCGCAUUCCUGUGGAGAAGUCCUUAGCCAAGUUCCUCUUCUUGUCUGGGCUGGAUGACAUGAACUGGAAAAGUGCCCUCUAUUGCCAGGAUGCUGUUCAGCGCCUUCAGCAGCACGGCCGGGAGGUGGAGUUUUACUCCUAUUCCGGAGCAGGGCACCUCUUGGAGCCACCAUACUUGCCUCUGUGCAAAGUUUCCAUCCACAGGGUGCUUGGGAUGUUGGUGCAUUGGGGAGGGCAGUGGAGAGAGCAUGCUAGAGCCCAAGAGGAUGCAUGGUGCAGGAUACAGGCCUUUUUCUGGAGACAUUUGAUGGACUCAGACACCCCUAAGAGUAAGCUGUAGUGGAAGCUGUCAUAGAUGCUGGCCAGGGAGGGUAUUUCAGCACUCACUGGAUCUUGGAAACUCACCAGAAGUUCCCUGGACUGCCUUCCUCUAAGCCCCACUGUUGCAUAGUUGUUUAUUUUCAUUCCCCAAAUAAUUUCCCAUUUUUAGUUGAAUUUCAGCUGACAUCUGGCCCCACCUUCACAGUAGAUUGGCACCAUCUGUAGUCUAAAAACAACCCAGCAUCCCAUCAUCUAAAUCACAUUUGUGCUGAGCUAUCUUUGCCCUCAGUAUGCAACCAUCUCCUUUCAUAAGAGGAAAUUCUCUCACAGGAGGAGUUUUGAAUGGUUUAGUGUUGCACCUUUAACUAACCUAGAUAUAAACAGCACUUUUAUUGGAUAACACAUUAGUAUGCUCAUCUUUCUUUUGUUUUCUCCCAUUUUGUAGUAAAAAUGUUGCAGUACUGAUCUCAGCUAAAGGUAGAGGGAUUAAUCUGAAGUGCAGUGAUAACAUUUUUUUUUUUCUGGUACCUCAAAAUCCAGGAGUGAAUCUUACCCAGAUUACCCUGGUUGUAUCUCCUGCUGACUCCACAGAAGUUCCUUAUUAGGGUAAAGUUUUCACUGCACUACUCCAUGAGUGCAAUGUGCAACAUGCAGUUUAUCUGUGUGUGCACAGUUUAUUUGAAAUUAUCUGAAUGAAGCCUUCAGCCAGCUGUGCACCUGUCAAUAUAUUAAGGAACAAUCCUGGUGUAGCCACAAGCUGUUACUUCACCUGAUUGCAGAGGCUGUGAGCAGGAGUCCUCACCCUCUUUUGGGAAGAGAAGUGAUGGAGUCUGCAUUUUUGCACAGUGUUCAAGAUGGGGGUGAUACAGAUGUGCCAAGUACUUGCUCUCAUGUGGUCAAAAGUUAGUCUGUCUCCAUUUUGGGGGGAACAGUAAAGCCACUGCCGCUGAGUUCCCAGGAGCCCAGUGAGAUGGGUUGCUCAGUGGUCCUGCCACUAAAGCAGACAGCUGUGGGCUCACCUGAUAAAUCUAAUGGAAAUUGAAUGGGAAAAUCUGUUCUUGUAAUCUGCUUGUAAUUGAAAAGUGCUUCAGAUAAAAUAGAGUAUCAAAGGACUAGCUUGAACUGAAAGAUCUCAUCUUGAUUCUUAGUCACCCACUGUUUAACACUGUGCACUACAUUUCUAUUUUGAGAAUAAGAAAAGCUUGUGACAAGCCUCUUAAGAACUGAGAAUCUCCCCACAUGUAAUCUGCUAUGAACAAGUUUACUAUAAGGGAACAGUAUGUCUUGCAAUGCUUUUUUAGGGCAGGAUGAUUUCCCUAGCUACCAUGGAAUCAGGCAAAAAAUGGAGAGUGCUGAUUUGCCCAAUAUAUUCUUAAAACUUUUCAUAUUUGCGUUGAAAACUGACCCUGAAGCAUUUUGAUACACCUACAGUAUAACUUGGAGGAAACUGCAGAAUGAAAGUAGUCAAAAUGCCUUUAUUAGCAAAAAGUAAACCACAGGUGCAGAAGAGGUGAAACAUCUUUGAGAAAGGAGCUGUCUCUGCAGAAGUAGUGGGUAUUUGAGGAUUCAGUGGAAUUUUAAUAAGGACCAUGCUGAGCAAGGAAAUUUCAAUGCAAAUGUGCUUCUCCGAGCCUAGGAGCUUCUUCAGGUGAAGCAGUGUCUGCAAGUGAGGUUGUUUCAUGGCCACACAACAGGAGGAAUGAAGUAAAAGAUGGCAAUAUAGGUUGUGUGGUAUAAUCUAGAAGUCACUUUUCCCCAUUUCUGGUCUCUCUUCCUUGUGUGUGCUUGAAAGUCUAAGUUAUUUAAUACAUACCAGAUCAUUUGUUAGCAAGCUGUGGGAUAAGACCAGUGUUUAAUGACAAAAUACAAAUAGUAAAUUUUUUUCUAUAUUAGUAUUUUGCUUAAUUAUGUAUAAUUCUACCAUUUCAGAAAAAAAUUUCACUAUUCUUCACUUUUUAGUGCUGUGUAUAUGUUAUUCAGAAAUGGAAUCCGAGCCAAAUGUUGUAUUAAGCACAGAGAAAGUGAUGAUUUGUUUAAGUCUGGGGAGAAGAAAGAUUAAUAUUUCCAAUGAACUAGUGCUCCUUGCAGCACUUACUGCAAAAUAUCUCUGCUAUUUUUCAUUGUUGAGGGCAAAAAUUAGAAAUGCUGAAUCUCAAAAAACUGUCUGUGCAAAAUUUGCAUUAAACCUAAAAAUGUCUGUACCCUGACUCUGGAUAGCACUUAGAGAAAAAUAAUUAAGUUACAUUCUAUAUAUUUAGGAUUGCAUCUUUUCAAUUGCUUAAGCUGCUGAUCUUCCAACAUUUUCCUUUAAAACUGGGAAUUUAUGUUUACAUUAAAAUCACUUCAGUAAAUGGUGUGCUUUUAUUUUUUCUUUUAAGAGUACCUUGUUGCACAGAGGGACAGUUAUGCCUUUUUUCUGGCUAGUGAUCUAACUAAGAGGUAAUCCUGUGGAAAACAAAACAAUGAAAAGAAGAGUAAAAUGCUCUGCUGGAUCAAAGAAUGAAGCAGCAGGAACAUGCAUGGGGUUAUCAGGAGAAGCAGGGGUGAGCAAUACUGUGCCAAGAUAACUAAAAACUGUGCUAGUUUCUUAUUUAUGUGUGUAAUAACUAGUCCAGCUGAUUCUAAAUUGUGAAUCCAUUUCUGUAUCCAGUGAAGUGAGUGCUUGGUGGCUCAUUGUGUGCUGCCCCUGUUUACAACUGAUCUGCUCCUGAAGGAGUGAGAUGUUCGACAAUGGAGAGAAAAUUGUGAAAUAUGGAGUCAGAUAAUAGAUGAGCUGGAUAGAUGGUUCAAAGGAAACGUCCUGGAUAGGAGCAGAGCAUGUGCAUAUCUCUGCUUUCAUCUAGAAGAGGAAGUUCAAAUGCACUGCUAUUAUUUUAAUAUGCUAGAAAUUCAGCAAGAUAGUAAUGAAUCUGUGCCAUCUAGUAGAAUCUGUCCCUGGACAGUGUCACUGUGACAUUCUCAAACAUCCAGCACCAGCUCAAAAUGGAUUAUUUUUGGCUGCACAGUGCUCUGACUCCAGCCAUUCUCCCAUCUCUGGGUUAUUUCAGAUCAGAGAUAUGUCAUCUUGAAGCAGGAAAAGUACUUUGAUACCUAAUGCCAUCACUACUGUUAUAGUGGAAGAAAAUGGGGUCAGUAGUCUGUAUUUUUGGUGGAUAUAUCACAUCAAAUCACUAAACAGCACAGCACUUACUGCUUCCAUGGCAGUCUGUAUACCACUCCCUGUAAAGCUGAGACCUCCUAGGCUCCAUUUAGAUCAGCAGUAUGCAGGGGCAAUUCUGCUCUUUCAGGCCUUCUAGAGAAUCUUGUUCUUUCUGUGGCUGUCUUCCCUCACCUGAGAAUAUAAUGUCUGCUUUCUUUUUUUUUUUUUUUUUUUCUGUAUCUUUAACAGUUUUGCAUCUGUCCCACUGAUCAUGAACCAGACCAUUCCAAUUCCAGGCAUCCAAAAUCAAAAUUGUAAUCCAGCUAGACAAAUCAAAAAUUAGCCAACAUAGAGACAUAAAUUGUGAAAACAAAGAAAAGAAAGAAAAAGUGUGAAUUUAAGGAGUAUCAAUUCUUUAGUUUCUCUCCUUCAUAAAAGGAGGUGUGUGAGUGUGUGGAUAUAUAUAAAUGUCUGUUGGAAUGGAGGGGAGGAAUGAAGAGUGUAAAGAAAAGAAAAACCAAAAGAUUAUGGGUCACUUCCAAGUAGAGAUAUUAUAUGAUUAAAAAAAUCUGUUGUGUAAUA